UGCCGCUAGCUAAUUUUAUGAGGCCCUUGCACAAGCUAGAACUGCACGCUUGUGCAUUCUCAAAGCAGCACGCCGCCGCAGCCUAGAGCACACAUCCCCUCGCUAGCGCACACGCGGCAACGAGACCAAUGGCGCGCCUCACACUGAGCUUGGCCUGCCUCGCCGGCGCGGCCGCAUUCCUGCAACCGCAGCUGCAGACGCCCCUCCGCAAGGGCACAACAUUAUCAGCCGUCGACUCCCUGGUCGUGGAACCCAUCGCCAAGGUCGGCGGCGUCGUCCGGCUGCCGGGGUCCAAGUCGCUGUCGAACCGCGCACUACUCUUAGCGGCGCUGUGCGAGGGCGAGACCGUCGUCGAGAACCUGUUGGCUUCUGAUGAUACAGAAAGAAUGUUAGAAGCCUUGGACGCCAUGGGCGUGAAAGUGAAGGACCUCGGCGACUCCGCGGUGAGAGUCACCUCCACGGGAUCGUUAAAAGCACCCGGAAAAGACUUGUUCCUGGGCAACGCGGGCACGGCCAUGCGCCCGUUGGCUGCUGUUGUGGCUGCGGUCGCUGCGGUCGACGGUACGUCUUUUACGUUGGACGGCACGCCCCGGAUGCGGGAACGGCCCAUCUCAGACUUGAUAGACGGCCUCCAGCAACUGGGAUGCAACGUCGAGUGCACUGUGAAUGGCGAGUUCGGGGGCUGUCCUCCAGUAAAAGCGGAACCGACGGAGAAGGAAGUCGACGGUGGCAUCUGUAGGGUCUCGGGCAAAACGUCGAGUCAGUUCUUGUCGGCAUUACUGCUCGCUUCACCCUUACUAGCGAGAACGAAACCCCUAGAGAUCCAGAUCACCGAUGAAUUGAUCUCCCAGCCUUAUGUGCAACUUACCAUAGACCUCAUGAAGCAGUUCGAUGUUAACGUAGAUAUAGCCCCGGGGUACAAGAAGUUUACGAUCCAGAGCGGUCAGAAGUACACGAAUACAAAGUUACCUGACCAGACGUAUUUCGUGGAAGGUGAUGCUUCCUCAGCAUCUUACUUCUUGGCUGCCGCGGCCAUGACCGGCGGGGAUCUCACGGUCGUAGGGUGUGGGUCCUCCUCAACUCAAGGCGACGUGAGGUUUGCCGAAGUACUAAAGGAUAUGGGCGCUCGCAUCGAGAUGAACCCGACCAACAUCACGGUGGUGGGUGGGCCGGCCCAGUUAAAGGGUGUCGACGUCGACUGUUUAGAUAUCCCCGACGCUGCCAUGACGCUGGCGUCCGUCGCGUUAGUUGCGGAGGGCACCACGACCAUCAGGAAUGUCGGGAGUUGGAGGGUGAAAGAGACGGAGCGCAUGAAGGCCAUCGUCGCGGAGACGUCGAAGUUCGGCGCCGACGUGACGGAGCAGCCUACUACCUGUAUCAUCAAGCCGCCUACUGAAAUCAAGCCGAUGUGCGAGAUCGAGACCUAUGAUGAUCAUAGAAUUGCGAUGACCUUCGCGCUCGCGGCGUGCGCGGGUGUGCCGGUCAAAAUUUUAGAUCCCGGCUGCACCUCAAAAACGUUCCCGACGUAUUUCAAGGAGUUAUCGAGGGUGACGCUCGACGCGGACGGGCGGAAGCGGUCUGCGUUAAGACGCCUGCUGGCGAAGCUCGCGUUCUGGAAGAAGUAAGGCUU